AAGCUGGAUAGGACUGGAUCCGCACCCCAUAGUCUGCUUGUUAUAGAAACGCUAGUAUUGCCUUCACCUUGCUGCAUCCAGAUUCCACAGCUCAGAACUAAAUGGCGCCAGCUACAAAGGAAACUCUUACUGAGGUGAAGGAGAGGCUGGAUCAGCUUCUGCUCCAACUAAUGGAUGACUUGGAGGCACUGAAGGUGAAAAGAGAACAGCUCAACAGCCUCAUAGAGAAGGGCUGGUUCUGCCUUUCUCAGUCACGAUAUUCCAUGGGAAAUAAAUUUGUAUCUUCUCUGCAGUAUGAGCAAGACAUGGUUCCCUCCGUCUGUGUCCAGGGCAGCACCUCGGAGGAUGGUGUGACAGUGUUUCAGGUUGAGAAUAUUGAGUCGGGACAUGGAGAGUCUGGAAAAAGUGAGGAAAUGCGAGAAGUCGAGACAGUUGGAGCAGGGGAUCAAGUGCUGAGACUCCGAGGCCACAAGUCAACCACGGAGACUCCUAAACACCCAAAGACUGAAGGAAGUCAGAAACCGAGGCCGCCACCUAGUAAUGACCCCUUGCGCUGGUUUGGGGUGCUUGUUCCUCAGAGCCUUCGCCAAGCACAGAGUACUUUCCGCCAGGGUAUCCUCCUGGCUGCUGAAGUCGCCUCCCUACAGAGCAACAUCGAUGAGACCCGCAAACAGUACCGAGCAUUACUGACUGACAAACACCGGCUACAGUCUCAGCCUGUCUGUGCAUAAACAUUUCCUUCAGGAAGAUUUAAGGGACGGGCCACAAAAUACUGAUCGUUC